AUGGUCCAAGGUGCAAUCCGGGAAGUGCGACGUAUAUCGCGCAAGCCGGGUCCGUUCUUCGGUGUUGCCAACUUCUGUUACGAUCGUUGCGACGUUGGCGUAUCGAGAACUCGGGAUACGUUCCCGUUCAGCGUUGCGCCGCCCCAGGGCGUGUCAGGGCGUGGCGUUCCGUGGUCGUGCCGCCGCCGUUCAGCGUGGCAGGGCGUGGCAGGACGGGCCCCUGGUGGCAGCCGAGACGGCGAGCGUAUCGCGGCCGUUCGUCCGGGGCCGCAGCUGAGCCUAUUAUAUAAUAUAUUUUUAUGGGAACUAAGCUUACUGGUUAUAAACGCCGUUGUGCAAAUAUCAGUGACAUGGCUUCGGGGCAACUCUUCCGAAGGAGGCCCGCGCGCGAAUCAUCGCAAC